AUGUCUACAUUCCUAUCAAAGAUCCAGGAAAUGCAGAAUCAGCUCAAACAGAUGGGCGAAGAAGUCUCUGAUAAGUUCGUUAUUACGAAAGUUUUAAUGUCGCUGGCUGAUGAGUAUAAACACUUUGUAUCCGCUUGGGAGUCUGCCCCUGAUGACAAGCAAACCAUGGAUAACUUGGUGGCGAGAUUACUGGUAGAAGAAGAGAGAGUAAAAGAAAAAGGCGAAGCGCCAACCCCGUCCUCGUCAGCUUUCAUAGCGAAGAAUAAAAAUAAUGCAAAGUGCAUGAAGUGUAAUAGACUUGGACAUUAUGCCAGUGAGUGUAGAAGCAACAAUAGUAACAACAAGAGUGAAGGACAUAAUAACAAGUGUUUCUACUGUGGUAAAGGGGGACAUAACAAAGCACAGUGUUGGUUUAGGAAGAACAAAGAACAGAAGAAAAGUAACGCGUUUGUGGUGUCUGAUUCGCUAGAACCACAUAAUAAGACUCUUUUUCUGGUUGAUUCCGGAUCGAGUGAACAUAUAUGCCGCGAACGUGCACUAUUUUCCACGUUUACUAGCGCAAAUAGUGAAUGGAAAGUCGAAGUUGGUAAUGGUGUGGGACUUAGUGUGCUAGGACAUGCUCACUAA